AUGAGGAAAUCAGUCACAGAACCAGGUGCACCUGUUUCGUCAAACACAACACAAUCGCCAAGCAAGCCGACACAAUCAGCCCCCACUUCUACCUGGAUGCCAAACACUUCGCGUCAUUUAUCAUCAUCCACCCAUACACAUCAUCACGAUAAUACCGUGGGGAAUGGAAAUGCAAACAAUAAUACAUCGACACCAUCAAGUGCUACUACUACUACUCAACCCAGUAGUGGCUACUCUGGUGGAUAUAGUCGAGCUCCUGCUGAACCAAAUCCAUUUCGAUACACGAGAGAUUUCAUGGUCGGUCUGUAUAGUCCUGAUUUGCCACUACCGGAUGGGUGCGACUUGUCGGACAAGAUACUUGCUUCCGAUCAGAUCUUGGAACCUAUGGCGAAUAUCCCAUUGACUGAGACAGAGAAGAAGAUUUUGGCUGCUGGGUCAAUCAACAGUGAGGUUGCUAGAAGAGGAGGCCCACAAGGAAAUCGCCCGGAUGGAAAAGAUGCGACAAAUAAUCGUGCACCUCAGAGACCUGGAAUGAAUCGAAGAGGCUAUGAUCAACGUCCUGGAGAUCGCGAUGGUCGAAGAUUGAGUGGUCAAGAUGGAGACGAAAAUGAUGAAUCCUUAUGGGAUACACCAUCAAAUGCCGGAGGUGGAUUUAGCGCCAACGGUGUCUUCAGUCUAGCUGGGGGCGGUGAUCCAGAUGGAAAACUCAAACGACCAGACCCAGGUCCAAAGUCCCCAAAUAAUGUUGGAUCGACUACUUCAGCUGUCCCACUGGAGCCGACACCACCUGUGUCAAAAGAUACUGGUAAUCCACUCAUGUCGCCCCCACGACGUGCUGAAGAACCAGCAUUACGAUCAGGAUUGUCAACUCCUGCUGCGACCCCCAUCGCAGUGCCAACACAGUCUGCUAACUCAACGACUGUAUCUUCAACACCAGGCGCUAGAUCAGCACCCUUGUCUGCAACCCCCAUUGCAUCAAGUGUCGCUGCUAUGGCUCCUUCGAUAAUCCAGUCCACGACGAGAGCAUCAACUCCACCUGCUGGGCCAACCCCCAUUGGUGCAACUCCUGGAUCUAUAGGUCGUCAACAAACAGAUCCAGCAUUGUUGCAGCAACAAACUCAGCAACGUGCGUUUGGUAGCUUGUUUGAUCCAUUUGCAGGGCUGCCUGGUGGUAUUGCAGGUAUAGGAGACUCGUUGUUGACGUCUGGACAAAUAUUACAGCAACAAGAUCCAUACGCAACGAAUAUACUAGAUAAUCGUAGAGAUCUGCAACCAAUGGCAAUCCCUCAGCCUGUGCAACAGCCUACGGUUCCACCAAAAUGGAUGUAUAAAGACUUGGAUGGUAAUCUGCAAGGACCAUUCUUGCAUACAGAAAUGCAUGAUUGGUAUGUGGCUCGCUACUUGCAGCCAGACUUGAUGGUGCGACAUUCGGACGAGACGACGUUCGAGCCAUUAGCUCGACUUAUACAGCUAUAUGGAUCAAGUAGACCGUUCUUGGCUGAUGCUGAAGAGUACCAACGGCCAAGACAACCUGUUAUAGAUCCACAACGUCAACGACCUUUUGGUGGUCUGGGCCUAGUAGGAGCAGCUGCUGGUGGUGUACGGGAUGAUUUGUAUAGUUCUAUAACACCACAAGCGUCAGACGUUGGAAUACCUAGUAUAUUUAAUCCAUUUGGAGGCUCUAUACCUGGUAGUCAACCACUAGACUCAUAUGCAGCUACUCGUCGUAUACAAGAAACAUAUCCAGGUUGGAGUGAUCCUGCUGUAUCUAGUAUAGGACGUGGUGUGAGUGCUGGAUGGGUAGGACCAUUGGGUAGCAUUGAUCCAAAUCGAACGAUGGUCGAUACACGUAGUGGACAAGCAUAUUAUCCUACUCAACAACAGCAAGGUCUACCGUAUGGAUAUCAAGGUCAACAGCAGCAGUUUGGAGCGUCUGCCUUAUUUGGUCAGACAUCACAACCUGCAGCUUUGUUCUCUCCAUUUGGACAGACUCAACAACCACAGCAACAACAUGUCGUCCCACAAUCACCAAUAAACAGAUCACCGAUUGCCACACCACAACCUGGUAAAGCAGCAUCAUAUGCACCUAGUACUGGAGCUCGUACUGAUGAAGAUGCGGCUUCUCAACAUGACUAUGCUGAAAGUACUCAUGGUGAAGACUUUGGACAAUUUGAUGAAGCCGGUACACCAGAGCAUGUAUCUACGACAGGUUGGGAUGAUACGGCCAGUGUCGCCUCUUCAAUCUCAAUGAAGCAAUCAGACCGUGGUAAAUCACAACGUGACAACACUAUAAGAUCUGCAGGUACACCUACUCAUGAACGUCCAACAUAUUCACGAGAGGAACCUCGACGUCAAUCACUACCACAAGCACAAGCUGCUAUAGCACAAGCACCCCAGCAACAACAACAGCAGCAGCCAAUAGCUCCAGCAGCACCUAUAAAGGUAACUCCAGUAUGGGGCGCUCCUGCCACAGCCGUAGAACAAAAGCUGUCUCUUAAAGAAAUUCAAGAGAUUGAACAACGUGAUCGAGAAAUCAAAGAACGUGAACGUCAAAGAAGGCAAGCUUUGGCAGCUGCUAAUGCCGCUGCUAAUGCAAUGGACAGUGGUAGUUGGGCUCCUGGUAAUACUCCAUGGCAAGCACCAUCAUCAAAGCAAAAAAGUCUGACAGAGAUUAUGCAAGAAGAGGAGGCUCGUAAACAGAAGGAAGCAGCUUCUCGUGCCGCCACUCUAGCCGCCAUGAAUGCAGAUGCACCAAACGCUGGUGGUACUCGAUAUGCAGAUCUGGUAUCUACAGCUAGAGGUGCAACGACAACUGGAUGGGCAACUACCGCUGUACAGGGUCGUGUCGUACCAGCGAAUGCAUCUGUAGUAGCAGCACCAAUACCAGUAGCAGUAAGACCUUUGGCUCCAUCACCAGCAGCACCGAUAUCUAGUGGCCCAUUAGCAGCUGUAGCAGCAUCAUCAUCAAGUGUAACUCCUGCUUCACCAGCUGGAGCUUGGAAUGUAGUAGGUAAAUCUGGACAAGUAGUUGGUCAAGUAAAUGUCCAAGGUGGACCUCGUCCUAUCGCAGCAGCACCAGGAGGAGCAAUACAACGACCAAGUAGUAGUGUCCUUGCGCCCAGUAAUUCAUCCAAUGCUAUAAGAUCAGUUAAUGUGGCUUCAUCUCAACCAGCUGCUGGUUCAAUUGCAACUGCUCGAUCUGCUGUUGCUUCACCAAAUAUGGCUACUGUUACCGCUAGUGCCGUGCGACCUGCUGCAGCAGCCGUAGCCGGUUCUCCUAGUAUGUCAAAGUCUUCAACAUUUAUGGAGCGUCAAGGCUCUAAUGCUCCUUCUGAAGCAUUCUUAUCAUGGUGUCGUCAAAGUCUCAAACCGCUGGAAAGGUCUACUACCGCUGGUGUUAAAGUUGAAGACUUUCUCCAAAUCUUGUUGUCGAUUCCAAUUGGAGAGGCGUCUACACUUCAGCUCAUUUGUGAUGAUACGUUGGGAGGAUUGACGGCUAUUGAUGCUCGAAAGUUUGCUGACGAAUUCGUCAGACGUCGUCGUUCAGACCGAGAAGAAACGACUACACCUGGAGGAGGGUCUUCACGCCCAUCGAGCGCAAACAGUAUGGCUGACUUUGACACAGGAAAUCGCUUCGUUGUAGUAAACAAGAAGAAGCAGGUGAAGCCACGAAAAUAA